UAGGGGGGUUAUAGGACAGCAUUCCUCAUGUCAGAGCGCCAGUUUUUCCACACAGCGGCAGACGAACUAGCUGUCUUCACGUACAGCUCCCUGCUCCUGCACUGAUCAUCUCCUCUUUGUCUUCCAGCAGCAAAACUUUUCUUUUUAGGAGUGCCCGUCCAUCACCAAAAUGGAGUCUGCUACAAUGCAUCUGCCAUCCAAUCAGUCAUCAGAGAGCUGUGUAGUGUUGGAGACCACGAUCGAGAACCAGCUGUUUGGAUGGUUCUACCUCGUGGUUUUUGUUCUGGCGCUGAGCGGUAACAGUUUGGCUCUCUGGAUUUUCUCUCACCAGCGUGGCGUUUCUUCUCCAGCUAACGUCUUCCUGAUUCAUCUGGCUGUGGCAGACUUAUCGUACGUCAUCAUCCUCCCGCUCAGGGCCACCUACCACUUUACAGGAGGCCACUGGCCCCUGGGCGAGGUGCCCUGCCGGGUGGUGGGUUUUUUGUUUUAUGUCAACAUGUAUGCCAGCCUGUACUUCCUGGCCUGUGUAGCAGGGGAUCGAUACUUGGCUGUGGUUCACGCUGUGAGGUCACUGAAGAUUCGUCGCGCUCGCUAUGCUCAGAUCAUCAGCUUCUCUCUUUGGGUCCUAGUUACUGUCUCCAUGGCACCGCUGCUUGUCACCCAUCAGACUGCACAGGUGGACAACAUGACGGUGUGUUUGCAGCUAUACAGGGAGAAGGCCUCACGCAACGCUCUGAUCUCGCUGGCCGUCGCCUUCAUGCCGCCUUUCCUCGCCACUCUUUCCUGUUACCUCCUCAUCAUUCACAGCUUGCAUCGCGGCUCCAGGUUGGAGCCGGCGCUCAAGCUAAGGGCCCUGCGCACCAUUGGCCUGGUUAUGCUCAUCUACGUGAUCUGUUUUCUGCCUUAUCAUAUGAGUAGGGCCACCUUCAUCCUGGGCUACAGCCACCCAGACGUCUCAUGCCAGACACGCAGAGGCCUGAGCCUGGCCAACCGCCUCACCUCCUCCCUCACCUGCCUGAAUGGUGCUAUGGACCCGCUGGUCUACCUGUUUGGGGCGGAGAAGUUCCGCGGCACACUGCGGCGAUUGUUUUGUAAAGAUAAUGGCGGGAUGUCAGGGGCCACCAGCGGAGAGUUAAAGGGAACACAUGAGAGCUCUGUGAGUGCCAAAUCUGAGUUCUGAGGAAAAGCAGCUAGACUCAGACACCUGUGCAAACUUUUCCAUCACAAGCAGCUUCAGGUUGAUGAUACUUUGAUUGAUGCUGUUUCCAAAGGCUGUUUGAGAACCAAUUCUAGUGUCAUCCCCACACCAUUCCCACCAAAUCCUUAGAGAAUUAAACUGACAUCACCUUGACACUCAAAGAAUCCUGACUUCAGCAGCAAAGACGGUGGUAGAAGUUUAACUUCCAGGAGAGGAACAAAGAUCUUUAAAACCUAAAUUUGGGGCAAAGUUAGCAAACUUUUUAAAAUCAGUUAUAACUUCUGAUUCUGCACAGACUGUUUAUCUUGGUGACCACUGGAAUUAAAGUUGAUGAAGAUAAUGCUUCAAAAUAACUCCCACACACACAAGACUCGAGUAAAUCUCAUUCUUCUUUAACAAUUUAACGCAAUGGAGAAUGUUUAAAAGCAAAAUUACUGCAAUUAGAAGUAAAUAUGACAUUUGAUGAGUUUUCAAAAUGUACUGUUGGCUUGCUUUCAGCUCAGCAGAUCCCCUGUUUUUUACUGUAGUAGAUCUGGUUUCAUAAGACAGACAAUUUGUACUGGUUAGUGACGCCUUUGAUGUUCUGUUUAAGCUUCUUGUCGUUUACAUUAAAAGUUUUUUGGGUCCAUGUUAGAAACCAACUCUCAAACCAGUCAGAACUGUGCCCAAUACCUGCUAAUGUGGGACUCUCUGUACAAAAGCUAAGCUAUUUGAAUUUGUUUGGCUAUAAUUUUUGACAACUGACGGUUUUAAUAAUAAUCUUUAGAAAAGGUUUGUUGCAACAUAACAACUCACUUGUUCCGGAGAUGAAGCAAAAAACUAAUGAUGCAAAGUUUUUAAUUGCUUCUGCUGUCAUAUAUAAUACUUAAUGGGGGUUAAACUUGAGUACUAAUUGUUCCGCCUACUGCUUGUUGGAAAUCCAAAACAGCAAUUCAUUAUAUACAUAGUAAACUUUCAGUGUAUAUUUUCUAUUGUUUUUUUUAUACUGUAAGCCAAAUGUGAUGAAUAUGCAUCAGUCACAGUUGAUAAUAUUGUUGUUGUUUUUUCAUCUAAGGUGACAUAGGUUGUCCUUGCUUUGUGGAUAAUCAAAUGUGCGUGCACAUAGUUUAACACUAUAAGUGAAAUGUGAUGCGAUCCAUGUGAGAAUUUUAAAAACUCGUGUGAUCAUGUGUCGUCUCCUAAAGUACAAACAUCCAGUUAAAUUUUCAUUUGUUUGAAUUUUUAGUUUCAGGCCAAAUAUCUGGAAAAUGUUUAUGCUAAUUAGCAUUGCUAGCAUGCUAAUGCACCAAAUCAGGAAGUUAAACAGGGUAAGCAUUACAGGUAAGGUAAGCAUUAUACCUUUCAAAUAUUAGCACUGUAUGUUAGCAUGCUGGUGGACAUACCCACUAAGGCACUCACCAGCUUCUAGACUCCACAUUUUGAAGACUCACCAUUAGCACUGUGGCUGCUGUUGUGUGAGGUGAAGUUGAAGUGCUAAGUUGGUUUGCUGCAUCCAUAAAUUGUAUGGGUGAAAUCCACAAGCACAGAAAAGUGCUUAUUGGUGUUAAUUAAGUAACAGACUAAAAAAAAGCAAGAACAACAAGAAAGAACACAGUCCAGAAGUUCAGAUGAGUGACUCCUAUCACCAGUAUUAUGCUACAGUCAAGUUAAUGAACAAAGUCAUUGGCAUGGUGCUGUUGCCUUUGAAAUGGUUGCAGUCAGUUGCCAUUUUCAAGGCAAUUUUAGUGCUGUUUGCUAACAGUUUGCAAGUGAAUGAGGUCGAGUCAGCAAUCUGUUUGUUGUAAAAUGGCACGUGUGUUUGACUGCACAAACAGAAAUUCACAUUACCUACUUGCAUUCAGAAUUCAGAAAACCCACCACAAACAGUGAUGUAGUUUCUACAGGAUGGUGAUUUAACUGUAACAUGCAACCGCAAUUUAUAUAAGAAUAGAACCAAAGUAGAAGCAGUUCAGUUGAAUCUUGUAUUGUAAAAAAAAAAAGAUGUGUCACAGAGAAAUUGUCUCAGAAAAACAAACUGCGAUUGCCUUGCAAUCCAAAGUUGUU